CACAAACACUUCUAGCUCCUCUUCUUCUCCCCCCCCCCCCCCCCCCCUUCUCACCACAACCUGCUAGCAAGCUCAGAGCUAGCAGCAGCCAUGGCGGGCAGCACCAAGCUGCGGCCAUUCCUCCUGACGCUGCUCCUCCUCCUCUCCACCACCGUGGCUUCCAUCCUCGCGGAGUACGACCCGGAAUGCGACUGCGACAAGCCCAAGCACCCCAAGCCCUCGCACCCUUCUCCCUCUCCCGGCCACCCCAAGGGCCCCAAGAACCCUACCCCUCGCCCCCCCAAGGGCCCCACCUACCCGUCUCCGGUCACCCGCCCGCCGCCGCUCGUCGCCCCUCCCAAGGUCCCCGUCACCCACCCGCCGAAGGGCCCCGUCACCCGUCCGCCGCCGGUCACCUACCCCACACCUCCGGUCACCACCCCCCCGGUCGUCGUCGGCCCGCCGGUCACCUACCCCACACCUCCGGUCACCACCCCUCCGGUCGUCGUCGGCCCUCCGGUCACCUACCCGACGCCGCCGGUGACAUACCCGACGCCGCCGGUGACGUACCCGACGCCGCCGACGACGACGCCGUGCCCGCCGCCGCCGCCGGCGACGCAGAGGUGCCCGGUGGACUCGCUGAAGAUCGGGGCGUGCGUGGACCUGCUGGGGGGGCUGGUGCACGUGGGGAUCGGCGACCCGGUGGUGAACAAGUGCUGCCCGCUGCUGGAGGGGCUCGUGGAGCUGGAGGCCGCCGUGUGCCUCUGCACCACCAUCAGGCUCAAGCUCCUCAACAUCAACAUCUACCUGCCCCUCGCGCUCCAGCUCCUCCUCACCUGCGGCAAGAACCCUCCCCCCGGCUACACCUGCUCCAUCUAGUUCAGCCGCCAUUCCCCUGCCUCGCCAUGGAUGGCGCCCAAGCUCAAGCUCUUGUUUGUUGGCUACUCGAUCUCGGCUUAUUGAUGUGUUAAUGAUGAGUACGAGGUGUAUUAAUUUAUUGUUGGUUUUAAUUUGUUAGUGUGUGGAAACAUGAGAGGAUGUCGUCUGCUAGCUAGCUAGAGGAACGGAUCAAUCUGCUAACGAUAGAUUGAUGUUCGUAUUGCUGUGUUUUUUUUUUAAUUUGUUUCAAUGUUUCAGCUUAAUUGCAUGCUUCCUCUUCUUGAUUGUGUGGUGUGAUCAAUAAGACAGCAACUGUUCAGAAAUUGUUUCCGUCAAGAUCGUAUCCUAUCAAGAAAUUAAUUAAUAAUGCCUGCAGCCUGACUUAAGCGUGUAA